UUCUGCCGAAGUGAGGCCACGAAGCAAGCGGCAUGUUCGAGAAGACGCUGGCGGACCUGGUCAAGGGUAUUCGCGCAUGCAAGGGGGAUGUGUCCGUGUACAUCUCGCAAUGCAUGCAGGAAAUCAAGACGGAGCUCAAGUCCACGGACCCCUUUGUCAAGGCGCAGGCCAUCCGCAAACUGACGUACCUGAACAUGCAGGGGUACGACAUGAGUUGGGCUGCGUUCCACACCGUCGAGGUGAUGUCCUACGAACGAUUCGCGCAUAAACGCAUCGGAUACUUGGCGGCCAGCCAGUCCUUCACCCAAGCGACAGAUGUCGUGCUGCUCUGCACGAACUUGUUCAAGAAGGAGUUUGGGAGCGUCAACGAGUACGAAGUCGGUCUCGCAUUGAACGCUAUGGCGAACAUCUGCACGUUGGACUUGGCGCGCGACUUGCUUGGCGACAUCCUCAACCUCAUGAACAGCCACAAGCCGUACGUGCGGAAGAAGGCGACACUGAUCCUCUACAAGCUGUUCCUCCGAUACCCUCAGGGUCUACGAUUGAGUUUUGAUCGUCUGAAGGAGCGCAUGGAAGAGCCUGAUGUGUCCGUUGUGUCGUGUUCCGUGAACGUGAUCUGCGAACUCGCGAACAAGAAGCCCAAGAAUUACGUCGGCCUCGCUCCGCAGUUCUUCCGCCUCUUGACGACGAGCUCGAAUAACUGGAUGCUCAUCAAGGUGGUCAAGCUCAUGAGCUCCCUCGUACCAGAAGAGCCACGUUUGGCACGAAAACUCCUCGACCCGUUGGCGACCAUCAUCCAAAACACACCCGCCAAGUCGCUCCUAUACGAGUGCAUUAGCACCGUCACGACUGCGCUGUUGUACACGCAAAAGAGCGACGGAACCCAACCCCGCAACGUCCCCGCCAUCGUCAAGCUCUGCAACGACCACCUCCGCCGGUACAUCGAAGACCCCGACCAGAACUUGCGCUACUUGGGACUUGUGGGGCUGAGCAACCUCAUGCAAAGCCAUCCCCAUGUGAUCAGCGAGCAUCAGCAGGUCAUUCUAGAGUGUCUUAGUGUCGAAGACACGACGAUUCGUCUGCGGUCGCUCGAGUUGUUGGUCGGGAUGGUCACACCGGACAACGCGCCCGGCAUCAUCCAGGAACUGAUGCGCCACACCCUCGUGGCGGACGGCAUCUACCGUCAGGAGCUCAUGAACAAGAUCCUCAUGGUGUGCUCCAUCAAUAAGUACCAGAACGUGUCCGACUUUGAGUGGUACUUGACCAUUCUUGUCCAACUCGCCAAAGUGCCUGGCGAAAACGCGAAAAACGCGACGGAAAUCACGCGGCAGCUGGUCGAUUUGGCGGUGCGCGUCAAGGGAAUCCGCGCGAUGCUUGUGCAGAAGAUGAUCGAGUUCCUGCUUGACGAGGAGGCAUUGACCGGCCCAGGGGCCAAGACGACCUGCCAAGUGCUCUACGCGGCGGGGUGGAUCAUUGGCGAGUACAUCAUGGAAUAUGUGGAAGAUGAAGAUGAAGAGGAGGAGGACGAGGACGACAGCCGUCUCGACGAUGUCAUGAACGCCGCGGACCACAUGCUCAUGCCUCGUACCACAUCCCUGCCCCCUCCCGUCCAAGCUGUGUACAUGCAGGCGCUGCUCAAGCUGCUCAUGGUGAUGGUGGAAAAAGCAGACGAAGCCACCGUCGACAGCUUGGCGCAAAUGAUCUUGGAGCGUCUACCUGCCUUUGUUCAGAGCGAGCACAUUGACGUGCAAGAACGAGCGUGCGGUGUGCAAGAGAUUGUGUUGGGGCUUGGCUUGGGCUUGGCUGCACUGAGUGCGGAUGACCGGGCCAACCGAGUGUUUGAUUCGCAGCCUGUCAGCGCCGACACGCGUGUGGAACUCCUGACGAGUUUCUUUGCCGAGCCUCUGGCGCCCGUGGGGGCGAAAGCCCAAGGGAAGGUCCCGUUGCCACCAGGGCUGGACCUGGACAAGCCAUUCGACCGCGACGUCGCUGCGUUUUUAGUUGCGGGCGGUGACAUGGAUGUGUUGGACGAGGACGCCGAAGUCUCGUUUGUGAAUCAAGGCGGCCCUCCGUCGUCGUAUGGCGGCCCCGAUGGCAGCUACGUCAACUUGAACGAUGACCGGUCAAGCAGCGAGAGCGAGGACGAGACCAAGAUGGACUUGACGGCCAAGGUGGACAAGUCCAAUGCGUUUUACAUCAAAUCGAGCGACAAUGCGCCCCAAAGCAAUAUGGUGGGCAAUUUGCUCCAAGUGCUGGAGAAGCAAAAGAAGAAAAAGCCGAAGCGGACCAAGAAGAUCGUGAUUCUGGACGACGAGCCGGACAAUGGGUCGAGCGACGACAACGCGCCUGCUCGCAGGAGAUCCUCGAAGAAGAACCAGUACGACGACCUGAGCCAAGUCGACCUGACUGUGCCGCUCGGAGACGACGAAGUGAUUCCGGACGCGCACUGGCGCCAUCGACAAGUUGUCGAGCAAGACUCUAACGAGAAGAAAAAGAAGAAGAAGAAGAAGGUCAAAGAGGACGACGCCGUGGAGAAGCCGAAGAAGAAAAAGUCAAGCAAGAAGGAGGGCAAGGCGACGGUCGACGAGCCGCCGGCCAAGGUCAAGAAGGCCAAGAAGGAAUCGAAGAAAGGAGAAAGCAAGCCGGAGAAGAAGUCCAAGAAGUCCAAGGCAGACGGCGGUGGCAAGAACAAGCAUAACGAGCCGCUCCUCAUGUUUUAAGCGCAUUAAAGACACUGUUGAACCCCGAAACCCCCGAUUUGACCUUCCACCGUUUCAUCGCGCG